AUGGCGGCGGCGGCAGUGGUGGUGGUGGAAGAGGUAGUGGUGGAAGUGGUGUGGUGGUAUGGACGCCGACGGAAAAAACGGUUCUGGGCUUGGGGCUGGUGCUGGUGGUGGUGCGGAAGCGGGAGCGAGGCCAAUGACAAUAAGGCUCCUCCAGAAUACACUUACUGCCCCUCUUCGGACAUUAAACAUGAAUACACAGCACCCCAAGGAGAGAAACAAGCUCUCGUUCAGUGGACCGAACCGAUUGUUUCAGAAGUAGACAAUCAGAAAAGCUCUCAAACCUGCUGUGGACCAUAUAAAAAUGGGGACAAGUUUCCUGGAUCUAUCGAUGGAACCACUCACUACAUCACGUACACAGUAAAAGAUGACAAUGGCAGAAUCGAUUCAUGCUCGUUUAAAUUUACUGUAUUCUAUUUAGCCUGCUCCGAACCAUACGUAGACGAUCAUACUACGAAGACCAACUGCUCGGAUGGAAACAACGAAGGAAGCAUUUGCCACUUCAGAUGUGUUGAGGGGUAUAAAUUUGGUUCCAAUGGACCCACUAAAUCGACAUGCUUACGUUCUAAGGCAUCGAAAGCUUACUGGACAACGUUUCCGAAAUGCCAAAAGAAAAAUUGUCAGCCGCCAUUCGCACUAGUCAACGGUGAAGUUUCCUGCAUAAGUGCACAGUACUUGUACGAUGAAACGUGUGUAUUCACUUGUAACGAAGGAUAUAAACUAGAAGGAGCUUCAUCUAUGUACUGCAUGGAAAAUGAAAAUUGGUCGAAGUCACCAACAGAUAUCAGCUGCGAAGACAACGAUCCACCGGUUAUAACAUGUCUCCGACAAACAUUUUAUGCCGACAGAGGAAGUUUUUCCACACAUGUGUAUUGGGAAGAGCCGACAGUAACAGACAACGUCGAUACGGAUAUUGAAGCAACUAAAGUCUCUAAUGGUAUCAACCAAGGAGAUGUCCUUAGUCAGGGGACAUAUGAAAAACAGCAUAUGUAA